ACCAUAAGCAAUAAACACAGUGGCACUACCACAAAAAGUGUCUCUCAUUUCCCACCUCAGAAAAUUAAUGGCAACCCUUCACUUCACUCCAUCUCCUUGUUUCACUCUCAACCCAAAACAGCCACACACGACCCAACUGCCCUCUCCUUUUCAGCUCAUUCUCCGGCCAGCACGGCACCGUACACGGCGGCAGUGCAAUGUGGUCCGGUCGUACAAGGUUGUGGUGGAGCACGAGGGCAAGUCCACUGAACUUGAGGUGGAGCCAGAUGAGACCAUACUAGAAAAGGCAUUGGAGUCUGGAUUGUCUGCGCCGCACGACUGCAAGCUUGGGGUGUGCAUGACUUGCCCGGCUAAGCUUCUCGCCGGCGAGGUGGACCAGAGUGAAGGUAUGCUGAGUGAUGAUGUGGUGGAGAGGGGGUAUACAUUGCUCUGUGUUUCGUAUCCCAAAUCGGAUUGUCACAUUCGGACCAUACCGGAAGAGGAGCUGCUAUCACUGCAAUUAGCAACAGCUAAUGACUAGAAAUUUUGGGUUUUGAGGAGUGGGGGGUUGCGGGAAAUUGAGGCAUGUUUUGUAUUGAGUUAUGGAUUGUUGAAUAGAAGUUGUAUGUGCUUUGGUUUA